GAAAUUGUUUGCGUUGUAUUUUGUUACAAAAAGAAGGUGUGGAAUUUGCAGGAUAUACAGUACCUCAUCCAACUCAACCUGAAAUUAAUGUUAGAAUUCAGACAACAGGAAAACCAGCUAUAGACAUUUUAAAAGAAUCGCUAGAUGAUUUAGGAAAUAUGUGUGAUAUAAUGUUGAACAAAUUUAAUGAGGCAUUAAAACAGUCAUGA